GUGAAGGGGAGUCCGGGGGCGGGGCCUGUCGCCUGUACUAGACAUGCGCGGCGGUGGCGCCGAAGGUGGUGCAGGAUGACUCUCCCAAAUGAAUCACUGGCAAAAAAGAUGUUUAAAGGAAUUUUAGCAUUUGAACUUCUUGGAAUCAUUGGAGCAUAUUUGCUGUUUAAUAAAAUGAACACAAAUCAAGAUUUCAGACAUACAAUGAGUAAGAGAUUUCCCUUAAUCUUGGAAGUUUAUUACAAGUCCAAUGAAUGGGCUGGACUCUAUGGAAUAAGGGAACAUGAUCAAGAAGAUUGGUUAAACCGCAAAAAUUAGAACCUCUUCAAUUUGAAGUUUUCUUCUCUCUGAGUCAUGAAACUGAUCAUCUCAGCCUCCUAUGAAUUGUUUUUAUACUUUUGAAGAAAAAGCCAGCUUGGUUGCAUAAUUGCAUCAAAUAAAGUCUUUGACUUAAAAACAUAUA